AUGUUUUGGGUAAAGGUGGCAUUCACCAGCGCACUUUGCGCCAUUCUAUUUACCGCAAAUGGGUUCGUCACGGCCGACCAAGGCGAUUGCGAGCUUCCUUCCGGACUACGUGAAGAAAUAGCUCAGUAUCAGCCGGUAGUGGACUCGAUUUUCCAACACAUCGUGUCGGGUGAGUAUGCGGGCAAAACCUGGCAGAGUUUGCUGGAGUUCACGGAUCGAUUUGGACCACGGCUUACCGGAACAAAACAGCUGGAGGAUGCGAUCGAUUAUGCAGUCCAGGAGAUGAUCGCAGAAGGACUCGAUAAUGUGCACACAGAGGAAGCUGUUGUGUCGCACUGGCAGCGCGGAAGAGAAUGGGCGGAACUGGUUGAUCCUUUCAAGAAGAAUUUGCCCAUGCUGGGACUAGGAAAAUCCGUCGGUACUCCUCCAGAGGGCAUUACAGGAGAGGUGAUUGCAGUGGAAUCAUUCGAAGAAUUUAAACAACUAACCAUAGAUCAAGUGAUGGGAAAGAUUGUGGUUUUUGCUCCUGCUUGGACUGGCUAUGGUCCGACUGGCCGUUAUCGAUACGAAUCAGCAUCAGUGGCAGCAAGAAAGGGGGCUAUCGCUGUGUUGUUACGGUCAAUGACGCCUUUCUCUAUUGGAACGCCCCACACUGGAAUUUUACGGUAUGAUCCGGAUGUUCACCGUAUACCCGCCGCCGCAAUAACGGUUGAAGAUGCAAUGCUGUUACUGCGGAAGUUCCGACGUGGGGAGAAGUUGAUAAUUCAUCUUAAAAUGGAAGCAAUCAAUUUGGAACCUACGAUAUCUCGGAAUACGAUCGGUGAACUGGAGGGACAUACUUUUAAAAACACCUCCGUAGUGGUCGUUUCCGGUCACAUGGACAGUUGGGAUGUGGGCACUGGCGCUUCGGACGACGCUGGAGGCGUGCUUAUUUCAUGGAAAGCUAUAUCAUUCCUGAAGGCAAUGGGACUGCGAGCACGUCGUACAAUUCGAGCCAUUUAUUGGACGGCCGAGGAACAGUACUUAGAAGGAGCGAGCAUAUACGAAAGGUAUCACGCUGAGGAUGAAAAACAGGAGUUUAACGUGUUCUUUGAAUCCGAUUCGGGUACGUAUGAAGCUGUUGGACUCGACUUUUCCGGAAACCUCGCAGCACAGUGCAUUUUUGCGGAAGUGGCUAAGUUGAUGACGGGCUUCGACGAAUUCACAUAUACAGAAGGAAUCGUAGGAUCAGACAUCGGUAACUGGGUAGGAAGAGGUUUUCCAGGCGUGUCUUUGCGUGAUAAGAAUGAAAAAUACUUUUGGUAUCAUCAUACAGAGGGGGACACGAUCGAGCUGGAAGAUCCUGUUGCUUUGGACAAAAUCACUGCUCUAUGGGCUGCUACUGCGUACGUGAUCGCAGAUUUAAGCAUUGAUAUCCCCAAAAAUGUGGUUCAUUACAGUUACGAAUCACGAGAAAACUAA